AUGCCGUUCGAUCCUGGAGAUGACAGGAGGCCUGUCACUCAGGAUGAGGAGCAAUACUGGCAGUCUAUGCGCCAGCUGCAAGAACAAGACGACGAAAACCUCGAUAAAAACUAUCUCGACAAUGCCAAGUACUACAUGGCACGCCUAACCGAGCUCAACUUGGAGAAAAAUGAGCUCGAGCGACGUGCCCUCGAAGUUCACCGCGCCAUCACACGGGAACAUAAGCACCUUGAAGAGCUCAACGAGAGGUUCCAAAACACAAGGAAGGAUAUGAAAAUUCAGCGCGAACAUCACCAGAGGCAGUUGGCUGUCUGGUUUGACGAACAACGCCGGAAAGAGAAUGAUGAACGUGUUAGCAUUGCAGCUGCAGCCCUCGCCGGCGCCGCCCCGCGCCGCGAUUCGGGGCAUAUUGAAGCGUCACAUCUAAGCAAGGUCGCCAGUGCCGGACUCAAUGGCAUGAACACUAACGGUGAGCAUCGAAAUGGCGCCGCCGUAACGAUCCCCAGUCAUGUCAGACCUAAUCAACCUCCUUUGACCAUGAUCAUUGACGCAUCGGGUCGUACUGUUGGACCGGUGAACCGCCUCGUAUCGAGCAACAGAAUCGUCAUAUAUCUGUCCAGCUUGCCUCAAAAACGACCUGUCCAGCUCCGCGAUGGCAUCACAUUCAGCCCGGACGAUAUGAAGGCCUUUGGAGAGGCGGAAGACAAGUGGAAAGGCGCCAUCAUCCAAGCCACAGGUCUCGUCCGGAAACAAUCGCAGCAGUGCGCCCAAUGUGCUAGCGGCAGAGGCCCCUUUGUGCAAUGCAUUGGCCUCGACAUGCCUGAAUUUCAAGCAUGUGGUAACUGCGUUUGGCAGAGCACAAACUGUUGCGACGUCCCGUCCUCAAUAAGUCAAACGCCGCCCACGAGAGGAUUCAAGGCACUCAACGCCCAAGAUGUAUAUAACGAACGAGCCGCCAACGGCAGCUUCACCAACGGCACUGCGACUCCCGUCGGCCAGAGCCGACCUGGCUCCCGAGAUAAGAGCUUUGCGGAGGGCUCAACAGCUACUGACGAGACAGAGGAGGACAUGACUCCAAUCACCAAAGCGAACCUCUUGUUGAAGCAUGACGGGAAAGUCUUUACGCAUCCCGAGUGCAUGGCCGGCGUACCCGUCAACAAGAUUGAUCGCACGCACGAGUACUGGGACCCAGCCUGGCCGGAUAUCGUGCCCACGAUUGAGCCGACAUUGCAGUCAUGGAGAGACAAGCUACAAACUGCUCUAGAAAAGGGGCAGACCAGCAUGAAGUUCCAAUUGGGAAGACAGGUAAACCGAGGAGAAACUAUUUUGAAGUUUUUAAGCGACGCCGACUUUUGCCCGUAUCAGCUGGUGGGGAAGAAGUACAUGAUGACCCGACUCGUUUCCUACGACACCAUUUUCCGUCUCGCCGACACUCUGCGAACUCUGGAAGGCUUCAAGACUCUUGACAUCACCCCUCUAGAGUGGCUACGUCAACGCCUGCAGGAAAUCAUCAUUUUGGACGGACCGGAAUUCAAUCUGGCCAAGACGAUUCAUGACUUUUACCACGAUUCGAAAUACGUGGCUCUGAGACUCGCCAACGGCAAAAAGAGCAUUGGAAGACCUUCAGGCAUGAAGAUGGCGCCAAAAGACUCGCCCAACUCGGCCAGAGGCACCCCAAACAACAAAAAGCGCAAGCUCUUCAUCAACGAAGAAUAUCCCCUCGCAUCCCAGCGUCCGCUUGCCCCAACACCGACACCUCAAUUCCAGUCCCAGCCUCAAGUCCAUCAGGUGCAGCCUCAGAUGCAGCCCCAGGUACAGCCUCAGGUUCAUCCACCGGUCCAGCCUCAACCUCAGUCACAGCCUCAGCCUCAGCCACAAAGCCAAAUGCCACCGAGCCAACUUCAAUCUCGAAAAAGCGAGACACCUUUGAGUGCACCACCGACGCCUGAACUUGCCAGGCAAUCCAAGAAGCUUAGGACGGCAAGGGUUCCUGGAAAGCUCAAAGACGAAGAUCUACACUACGACGGCUUCACCGACGUUGAUGACUAUAGUGGCGAUCAUAUCGGCCAGCAUGAUUGGGCAUUGAACCGGAUCAAGUCCCGACUGAACAGCGUUAGCACCGGUGUGACACAGUACUGGCACUGGAUUCCAGACAACGGCGAGCAGAUCUUUGAGCACCAAGUGCUGGCAGAAAGCGACACUUUGACCUGGGGCAUUUACGCCAAGCCGGUAAAUUUCCACUUGGAGUUGGAACACAUCCAGGAGAUGAAAUGGGCCACCGACACUUCCAAGGUCAUUGUGGUUUGCAAGGACGGUGUCGUGGUUUCGCCUGAUGGCAAGCCUAGAGGCGACCUCUUGGCUGAGUUUAAGAGGGACCGUACCAAGAGGCGUUUCCUGGUCUUUUGCCGCAAGAAGGGGGUGGAUUUGAUCAAGGUUGAGGCGGACGUCAUACAAAAAGCAUGGGACGAAUACGAAUCGCCAGAUGUCCCGGCAAUGCCUGAUUCGGAGAUUGAGUAG